GUAGAGUAGAUGGAAGCGACCCGCACUCGCCCUCGCCCUCGCCCUCGCCCUCACCCUCGCGCCUCGGACGCGGCGCGCGUGGCUUCAUGUUAGCCCGCCUCCCGCAGUGGAUCCCCGUGAAUAAGCUGGUCAGCGAUCACCCUCCUGUCCCCGUUGCCCUUAGUUUGUCGCGUCAUCUCAGCUGCCGCCAUCCGCCUCGCUCGUCCCCAUACUACCAUACUUAGACAGCUCCAAACUAUCUUUUGCGCCUGUGCCCUCCAAUCUUCCGCUCCGCCAGUGCUGUCGGACCAUCGAACCUUUUCUAUCCGCCGUUCUUCGACGAGCCGAGCAGCCGAUCAGAUCGCUCCGCCCCCCGGCACAGGGCUCGAGCGUGCAUUCAAGCGGCAUCAGAAAGAUCACCCCUCUCCACUGCGGCAGCGAGGCUGCAUAACUGUCUGGACUGCCCCGGCCCGCGCCCUCUUCCUCCUCCUCUGCCUCUGCCUCUGCCUCUGCAAUCGCUAUGCACCAUUGCUCUACACCACCUACGCUCGCCCAACAACACCCCUGCAAGAAACAGUUCCAGCCUAGCAUCACGACCUAUUUUGAGGUGCGGGACGGCUUGCACAACUGUGACCACCUGCCGGGCCUAGAACCAAUUACCCGUCCGCGACACCAAAACACACGGCCAAUUGCCCACCCCCGACACCACCUUGCCUCCCACGCCCCUCCCCAGGUUCAAGCAGACUUGCUGAGCGCGGGCAUGCGAGUACGCAAGAGCGUACCCGAAGGCUACAAGACGCACAAGAUGCUCACCUCACCCUCGGACCGCUUCGCUAGGGCGAGACCUCGCCUGGACAUCAAGCCCCCGCCAGAGGCCGUGCCCGACCACUACCAACACCAGCGCGAGCUGCUGCCCUUCUAUGGCCUACACGAUAUUGGCGGCUUCGCUGAACAACCCACCACAAACCCUUACCUCUAUACGACAUCUCCAAACCGCCAGAGACCUACCAUUGCUUUUCCACUCACCGCCGACGCCUUCACCCAGCCCUUUCCAGACCAAUCUUCCACAGACAGCGGCUACGACUCCACCACAUCGCCCUCCUCGCAACGUCUGCACAACCCCUCAAAACGCUCGUGGCAUGACGAAGACGAGGUAAGGCCACUCAACACAAACUUCCUCUUCAAUGGUCGCUCCUCGUCAUCAAGAGGCGCCAACUUGGCCGUUGAGUUCGACGACGUCCCUGUCAGCCCGUUGAGUGAGACACCCACCCAAGGUAUAAAUGCACUGCCGCCCGUACGACAUUUUGCGCAGCCCAGGUCCAGACGUACCACAAGGCGGACCAUUAGCGACGACGACAUUGACAUGGACUUUGAAAAUUCCGCACGGAUCGAGGGCCGCGUGGGUGCAGGCAGUAAUAGUGAUUUCGAAGAAGCUGACUUUCUGCGCGACGAAGAGGUACACAUGAGUGGUGUUUGAUCUCCCUUGCUCUCUCUCUCUCCCUUCAACUAAAAUCUUCUAACGACCUCUUUUUUAUGCGCUUUUCUUCCUUCCGGUUGCAAAUCAUGGCAUAUGGCGCUACACGGUGAAUUUAUUACGAAGAUGAUAUGUCGUUCAUGUCGGCGCGUAUACCCGGGAUGUCAUUUUUUUAUAUUCCCUUUCUUAGACUUGGUCUUAUUCUUAUUCUUCUCUUCUUACUCUGUUAUUCUCCGGUCUCCAAGUUGUAUACUGCAUGACCUGACAAGUAAUCUAGUAUAUGUAUGUAUCGAACUAAAAAUGAUCAAGUAAUG